AUGGAUGCUGAUGGUAGGAUCAUCUUCAUUUGGAAACCUCCAGCUGUUGUUACUUUACUCCAUCAGUCAAGACAGUCGCUUACCUGUGAGGUCUCUCUACCCUCAACGCCGAAGCUUGUUGUUACUUCUGUCUAUGCUUCUAAUCUUGCUGCUGAGAGAGUAGACUUAUGGGCUGAGCUUAUCAGCAUCCAGCAGUUAUACUCCCUCGAUACCCUUCCCUGGCUAGUCGCUGGUGACUUCAACCAGAUCACUCAUCCUCGAGAACACUCUUCUCCAUCAGUUCAAACCUCUACUUCGGCUAUGAUCCAAUUUCGAGACUCUCUUUUUCAAAUGGGUCUACUUGAUAUGCAAUUUCAAGGAUCAUACAAUACCUGGACUAAUAAAUGUCCCACUUCCCCUAUUACCAAAAAACUCGACCGUGCUUUAGUAAACCAUGAUUGGAUCAUCUCCCUUCCCCAUAGCUCAGCUGCUUUCCUACCUUAUGAAUUCUCAGACUAUUCCCCUUGCCUUAUCGACCUAGCCACUCCCCUCCCUAUAGCCGGUUCUAAACCUUUCAAAUUCUACAACUAUCUUAUCAAACACCCAUCCUUCCUCCAAACCGUGACUGAGGCCUGGAUUAUCGCCGGAAACUUUUCAACUUGUCUCUCAGAUCUCUGCUGGAAAUUAAAAUCUUUAAAGAGUGUUCUUCUAAAAAUAAAUAGUGAGAACUAUUCACAAAUUCAAGAGAGAAUUUCUUUGGUUAACAGUUUGCUUAAAGAUGUGCAGGUGCGGGCUUUGCAACAACCCUCAAUGGAGCUGUUCGAGGAAGAGAAACUGUUGCAUGAAAGAUGGUGCUUCCUGAGAACAAUUGAGGAAGCAUACUUCAAACAGAGAUCUAGAAUAAAUUGGCUGAAAGAGGGAGACCUUAACACAGCUUACUUUCAUCGUGUGGCGCUGGUUAGGAUUGCCUUCAACUCCAUCAGAUCCUUCCUGCUGCCGUCUGGUGUAAUCAUCACAGAUCCAGACGCUAUGGCUUCACUCGCGGUUACCCACUUCCAAGGAAUCUUGGGGCCUUCAGUUUUACCAUUCGUGAACACUCCUCUGCUCUGGUUCCAGGAAUUAAUACCCUAUCGUUGCUCUGAAGCUCUUACUCUCACCCUUUCUGAGUUGCCUACCUCCUCCACCAUCUCUCAAACCGUGCUAAAACUCAACCCCAAUAAGUCCCCGGGUCCGGAUGGCUUCACUUCGGGUUUCUAUAAGGCAAUGUGGAGUGUUCUGGGAGCUGUGAGCUGA